AUGAUGGCUAUACCUCGAGUAGAUUCAAUCUGCGAGCCUGCUGAUCCAGACAACACGCUUACAGACCGCCUUAACACACUUCUCAACUCUUCUGGUUCAGAAUACGUAUUGAACCUCUGUCCAAACACACAAUACUUCAUACAAGCCCCCAUUAUUUUCGCUGCAUCCAAUCAAGAGAUCAGUACCCUUGGAUAUCCCACCAAUGACAGCAGAGCUGUCUUAGUAGUCAGUGGCCCUGUGUCAAAUGGUACUGGUCAUACAACGGCCGUCGACGGCACUUGCGCGAAUUGCGACGGGGUGAGGCUGCGGAACGUGCAGAUAAAUGGUAUGCGGAGUGGUGCGCCUCCCACCUCAGGAGGCGCAAAUAUUGAAAUGGGCGGUCCGAACUCGGAUCAGCUUAUCGAAUAUGUGCAUUCUUAUGACCCCAGAGGCUGGUCAUGUCUCCAUGUCGCUGAGGGAUCAUUGAAUUGCAACAAUGUCACGGUCCAGAACAAUGAUAUUGGACCCGCAGGAUCCGAUCUUUUCCAGCAGUGGGCAGAUGGAAUUAGUGUGGCAUGCCAAAACUCCCUCGUUCGUAAUAACAUGAUCAAGAAUCCGACGGAUGGAGGCAUUGUACUCUUUGGCGCUCCUGGGACUCGCGUUGAAAACAACAUCAUCUUGGUCGAGACUAAUACAUUGCUGGGAGGAAUCAACAUGGUUGAUGUAUCACCCUUUGGUGGUAAUUAUAAGGGGGUCGUGGUCACCAACAAUAGCAUUGUUGGUGGGUCCGUCUUUGAUCCUGUCACAGGAUCGGCGACCAAGGGUGCAAAUAACAAAGAUGUCGUCAUAAAAAUCGGAAUUGCAAUUGGUCCUCGCACCUGGUUCGGAAACAGAUAUCUCAAUGACGUUAGCACUGGCGGGACAGUGCUUUACAACCAACUCACUGGCGCAUUCAGCUACGGCAUUGCCAUGUCGUCUGCAACUAAUUUCACGGUGGAGGGUAAUAUCCUUGUUGGAAACACUUAUUUUAUUGGGGAGUGGGGUCCGAACUGCACUGCUAGUGACCCGACACCUUCUCCUGCAGCGUUUAUCCUUGAUAUCAACACCACUUCGAAGAGUACGACUCAGUCAGACUUCCAGGAUAACAUGGAUGGAGACAUUUUGAUCUGUGUUGUCCCCCCUGACGGUGGAGACUAUUGGCAAUUCAGUGGAAAUCCAGAUUCAUCGUCCCCGCCUAUUAGUGCUCUCGAAUCCUCGCCGUCGACGAGUAGUCACUCAUCAACCGGUACAAUAAUCGGCAUCGUGCUAGGUGUCAUCGCUGGCAUCAUCUUUGUGGGUUUACUUACAUGGUGUUUCCGUAAAUGGGCCAUAAAGCACAUAGCGGAUCACUCUCACUUCAGGGCUAUGCCGCGAGCCCAGAAAGGAUAUAUUCAGAGCAAAAACCAAUUCUGAGUCUCCUGGACAUGUUUUCCUGCAUCUAUCCGCUCUUUUUGUCCUGUUCAUUACAACAC